AUGGGCACCCGCUACGCCGCCACUCAGCUCCCCACUCUCGCCCGCAACACCAUGGCCUACCUCCCCUGCGAAGGCAUCUUCGCAAUCCACAAACCGCCCUCCAUAACCUCCGCCCAAGUCAUCCGCGACUGCCAAUCCCACUUCAAAUCCUCCACCUUCUUCAAACCCUGGCUCGACCGCGAACAAGCCCGCAAAGACAGCGAAUCCCACAACCAACGCCAAAAACGCCGGAGCUGGAAGCAGCGACAGCCGCUGCAGGUCAAGAUCGGUCAUGGAGGGACCUUAGACCCCAUGGCGACGGGGGUGUUGGUUCUGGGUGUCGGAAAUGGGACGAAAAGGUUACCGGAUUUUAUAGGGUGCACGAAGAGUUACGAGACCGUGGUGUUGUUUGGCGCGGCGACGGACUCGUAUGAUGCGGUGGGGAAGAUUAUCGGGCGGAAGGGGUAUGAGCAUGUGACGAGGGAAAAGGUGGAGAAGGCGUUGGAGAAUUUCAGAGGCCAGAUUAUGCAAAGGCCGCCGAUUUUCAGCGCCUUGAGGGUGCAGGGGAAGAGGUUGUAUGAGUAUGCGAGGGAGGGGAAGGAGGUGCCGGUCGAGAUUCAGGAGAGGCCGGUGGAGGUGAAGAGUUUGGAGAUGGUGGAGUGGAUGGAAGGAGGAUCGCAUGAGUAUAGGUGGCCAGAGGAGGAAGCGGAGCCCGAGGCGAAGGGGGUGGCGGAAAAGGUGCUGCAUCUUGAAAGCGACGGGCAGGGCGCGAAGCGGAAGCGAGAGGAGGAGGUUGGGAAUGGUGACACCGAAUCUUCGAAACGGACGAAGGCCAGUCCGGAGUCUACAACACCGCCGACUAAUGAAAGCAAGCCGACGUCUAGCUUGGAGCAAGCUCUAGCACCGCCGACACUGCCCCAAGCCCCUCAAGAGCCUUGCCCAGCACCCGCCUGCCGUCUCCGCAUGAGCGUCACCUCCGGCUUCUACGUCCGCAGCCUCUGUCAUGACCUCGGCGCAGCAGUGGACUCGAUGGGGUUGAUGUCGACACUCGUGCGAAGCCGGCAGGGAGAGUUUAGCUUGGGAGAAAACGUGCUGGAAUACGUUGAUCUGGAGAAAGGGGAGGAGGUCUGGGGUCCAAAGAUCCAGGAGACUUUGCAAGAGUGGCAGAAGCGAGAGGCGGCCAGGCCUGCAGACGAAACGGAGCCAGCUGAUCUGGGAGGGCGAUCAGAAAGGAAGCAGCGGCCGAUGAAGGGCCACCCGAGGGUGGAGAGUGCGAGUCCUAACAAGGAGAAGGUCUUUGUCCCGAGCUCGAGUCUGCACGACGAGAGAGGUGUUAAUCGGAGUCCCAGCCCAAGUCCUAGCCCUACUCCUGAGGCGAAGAGCUAG